AUGGUGUUAACUCACAUCUUAUCCUACCUGCAGACCACAAAGCAUCUCCAUCAGCAGCUGCUCCAGGUUCAGAACAAAGUCUUGGAUGACUUUGACUCUUUCCUGGAGAUGCAGUUCGACGCCAGAGACAAAUCUAAGGCAGAGCUGAAUGAAGAGACAGAAGACACAAAGAAGAAUUUCCUCAGUACUAUGACACAAAUAUCUACAGAACUGUCCUUGCUCAGUCAGCAGAGGGAAAGUCUGGAGAAGAAAGUCACAGAAUCUGCGAUCCCUUCACAAAAGCUUGCGGAUAAAUCCCAGAAUGGAAGGUUGAAGACCCCCAACUUGAAAAUCAAAGAGUCCCAGGAGGUGAGGGAAGAUGAGAGUAAUGAAGAAUUUGUCUCAUUGGAACUGGACCCUAUUGAAACCCUACUGAGCCGAUAUGCAGCCAUGAUCUACCUGAGCAGAGACAAUGGAAGGAUCUAUGAAGAGGUGUCCGGAGCUUCUGUCUGUAACAGCUGCGGAGAAAAGACUUUCCUCUGUCCUCACAAAAUUGUGACUUCCAGUGAGAUUAUCCUCCCCUCACACUGCACUCACAUCAAGAUCUGCAGGCCUCAUGUGCACCAGUGUGCUUUAUCUGCUAAACUGAAAGGUAACGGGGCGAGAACGAGUGAAGCCGAUGCCCCCGGGAGACUAAGAUCUGUGAUAUCCCAGAAGGCCCUGGGAAACGUCUCCAGCCAAUCAACAGCAUCCCCCAGCAGCUGGCAGGGAAUCUGGGCUCCGGUGAUGCUGGGGAAACAUUUUGAGGAGCAACUGAUGUUGAAGAGAGAAGUACCGCGGAUAAUAUCUCUGGACCUCUGUCUGUCUCUCACUGAACAACUUCUGGCUGCUCUUCUGCUCCAAGCCAAUGGGAAAUUACCCAGCGUCCGACUUCUGUCCAUCCAGGAGCUGCUCUGGGACCUGCUGACAAAACGUUAUCUAGAGGAAGAGAUCAGUAUUCUUGGGCUCCAGGACUUUCUGACUGCGGUGGAGAAAUAUUCUGCUGAUAGUCAGAUUGUCAGCACACUGGGCCACGUUCUGCAGGGACAUUUGGAUCCAGCUGCCCUUCGUUACGCCCUGAUACAGACUGAAACUCUAGACCCGGUUUCCCUCCCGGAGGCUGUUCACUUCCAGUCCUUUAUACAGCAACACUACCCAUUCCUACAGGAAGUGGAGCGAGAUACUUUGAUUCUAGAGUUCACUGCCUACAGUGGGAGAUCCUCCACCCCCACCUCCAUAAUCGGAUUUAUUUUGCUGCUGAUUCUACGGCACAAGGAGCCACUUAUCUUAGAGUGCAAAGAUACGUUGACGAUGUUUGCCAAGAGCCAGAGCGGAUCUCUAACGGCUGAAGAACUGUCCAGGGCUUUUGAUGAUCUGGUUCCUCUAAGCAACAAGGCCGAAAGACAAUUCUUGAUCCAGCAGAGUUCUGCAUCCUUACAGAGCGAGCGCAUCCCAGUCCAGCGAGCUGCACAUAUUGUGGCAUACUUGAUGAAAAAGGACGAAAUAUGGAAGAAGAGGGACCCAUGCCAAGUGCCUGGUGAGAAGAAACAAUAUAACACAGAAAGCAAAGAGGACAGAGGUAACGAAUCUCCGGACGUCAGAGACUUGAGGACCCUCUCCAAUGCUUUGAGUCUAGCGAAGGCCGGGGGAUCAUUAACUGAACAAAUAUAAAUGGCCGCCUUGCCCAGGAAAAACUCCAUGUUGUCCUUUAAAUUGUCCCCCUUUCUGUGGGACAAUGUAUUAAACCUGUCCAGUGCUCUGAAUGGUCUCACUGGGACGAUUUGUUGGAAGACAGCAAAGUCCUAUCAUCAUGUGAGUGGGAAAUUAAAGGGGAGAUUAUAAGGGGAUUUAUAGAGCUCAACCUGCUGAUUAAAACGAUACGUUUGCCAGAUCCAAGCACAAAAUCAUUAUGGUUGAAUAUCACUUUGUCACCUGCAAUGCAAUUGUUCACCUGAUGGUGGCAGCAAAUCAGUCCUGCGAUGAUCAGCGCCGCUACCUAUUGGUCAUUUACACACAAGCAAUGGAUUCAUCUGCAAGGACAUAAAUGUCUUAGAAUAUAAUGGUAACGUUUCUUUUGAAAAAAAACCUCAUGGGAUUGUUUGCAAGAUUUCUGCGGAUCUAAAUCUACAUCAAAGACGCGAUCCUCCAAUGAAUAUUCACUUUUCCAGUGAUGAUUUCUAUCUCCGUGUAGAAACUUACUCUGUGUUUGUUUAACCAAUGGGUUCUAUUGUUAGCGUGGCCAUAAAGGUCCAGCAAAUGAGUAUCACUUAUAAUAAAAGAUAAUGUACCCCCUACUGUAAAUGAUAAGGAUAUUAGAAGUCACUGAGAGGUUGUUCUGUGA